AUGUUUUCCUGCUCAAGUUGCGGUCUUCAACACUCUGACGGUCCAGUAUGCAGUUUGUGUAAAAAUCGGUACGACUUCGGUUGUGCUGGAGUUACUGCGGCCGGGUUUCGGAAGCUUGGUGACAGAAGGAAUAACUGGCGCUGUCCGAAGUGCAAGGCGGGCCCAUCACUUUCGCCGACUCCUAACUCACCAGCGGUUAGUCAGGUGGACAAUAUACUUGAACAACUGAACUAUAUUAAUCUGCAGUUGGCUCCAUUGGCAUCCCUGAUGGAAGACAUCAAAUCCAUCAAAUCUGAUGUCAACAGUCUGAAGUCAUCGCUAGAAAUGGCACACGAGUCAAUAAAUCAAUUUUCGAGCACUAUAAAGUCCUUGGAAUCGAGGGUAGCUAAAGCUGAGGAGAUGGUGAAUGAUGUGCCGAGGCUGCGGGAGGAAUUAAUCAAGUUAAACCAGGAACUUGACGUUAGGGAUCAGUGGGCUAGAUCCAAUAAUGUUGAAAUCAGGGGAAUACCACAAAAAAAUAACGAAGAUCUCUAUGAUUUAACUCAGAGAAUUGGUAAUAAGUGUAAUUUCCCUAUAAAAAAAGAAGACAUCAAUUAUAUUGCCAGAGUGCCCACUCGUGUACCGAAUGUUGAGAAACCAAUAAUUGUUUCUUUUAACAACCGAUAUAUUAAGGAAAAUUUUGUUUCGUCUUCGCGCAAGACUCGGCUGUCGGUGUCGGACUUGGGCUUUGCAUCUACUGGAUAUUGUUACGUGAAUGACCACCUAACCCAACGGAACAAGGUCUUGCUGAGUAAAGCCAAAUCUCUGGCAAAGAAUAAUAACUUCAAAUACAUAUGGGUUAAGCACUCAAAAAUUAUGGCUAGGAAGUCUGAUACUUCUCCAAUAUUUUUUAUAAGGUGCGAGAAGGAUCUUGUCAGAAUAAUUUGA